AAGCGAAUCCAACCAGCUAUUGUACUAUCAGUUUCUAUACCAASUUCCGACACUGCACUGUGUUUAAUCAAAAUGUGGCAGCUUAUCGGAUUACUCUCUCUAAUUGCCAUCGCUGCAUCCGCCGAUAUCCCCGAUUACCAAUCGAUCCAGGAAGUCAAAAAACCAAUUGUUCCCAUCUUAAAACAAACUUUCGACCAAGACCACGAGGGCUAUCAGUUUAGCUAUGAAACGGGCAACGGCAUCCACGCGCAGGAAUCGGGCUAUUUCAAGAAUAAAGGCGACAAGAAACACGAAAUUUUGGUGCAGCAGGGCACCAUUACCUACCACGACGAGCAUGGGCAUCCCAUAACCUUGAGUUAUAUUGCUGAUGAAAACGGGUUCCAACCACAAGGAGCCCAUUUACCCACGCCUCCUCCGAUUCCAGAGGAAAUUCAGAAGUCGCUGCAGGAAAUUCACCAACAAGAGCAGUACCAGCAGUCUGAGGGUUUACAGGAGUAUGCACAGGAAGGGCAGGAGUAUCAGUGAUUAUUAGUUUUGUUGAUUUGUUUGUUAAGUUUUAAAUAAAGUUUGAUUAUUUUGA